CAGCAGGCCCGGCAUCCUACCACAUCGGCAGGCCACGGAAGGGGAGGGGAGUAGCCCAUUUGAAUUUCGAACGCCGCCGGCCGCUUCCAUUCCCCCACCCACCCAUCCUCCGCCCGCCCGGCUUCGACCUCCACCGUCCGCCGGCAGAGAUGAAGAAGGCGUCCGCGGCCUCGCGCUACGCGGCUUACGACUCGCCGUCCCCGUCCCCGUCGCCGCGCCGCGCGGCGGCGCCUUCUGCGCCGACACCGGGAGGAGCGCGCGGGAGCGGCGGCGGCGGCGGCAGCAGCAGCAGCCGCGCGCUGGUGGUCGCGGGGAGAUCCGGCCGUGACCUGCUGGGCGCCGGCGGCAAGCCGCAGCCGCACCACCAGGGCAACCUGGGCUCCGUGCUGCGGCGGCUCAUCUCCAUGGACAAGAAGCCGCCGUCCGCCAAGGCCCACCUCCCGGUCCCUCCUGCCGCCGCCGCGGCGGCGGCGAAGAACAACGGCGGCGGGAAGCUGCCGGGGCUGUCGCGGAAGCUGUUCCAGAAAGGCUCGUCCGCCGACGCGGCGGCGGCCAAGAAGACGAAGGCCCUGACGGACGUCAAGAACGGCGGCAACAACGCCAACACGCGGACGCUCGCCAUGGUGCUGCGCAGCGAGCGGGAGCUCCUGGCGCAGAGCAAGGCGCAGGAGGACGAGAUCGCCGCGCUACGCCUGCAGCUCGAGAACAAGGACCGGGAGGUGGAGCGCCUCAAGGACCUCUGCCUGCGGCAGCGGGAGGAGAUCAGGACGCUUAAAGACGCCGUCCUUUUCCCGGACGCGGAGCCGGAGCCGGAGCCGGACCGCCGCCUCCGGGACGAGAUCUCCACGCUCACCAGCCAGAUCCAGUGCCUCGCGCAGGAGCUCGCCCAGGUUAAGGCCGAGAAGCACUCGGCAAGGUCGGGUUUUGACGAUGAUGGAUACUGCUCUUCCCCUAGGACGCCGGGGUUUAACGAGGAGACAGCUUUUUCUCUGGAGUGCAGCAUCGGAGAAGCUGAGACGCCAAACUAUGGUAGCCCAGAUGAAAUGUUCAGCAAGGAUCUUAAUCCUUGCCUGACCCCCUGCAUUGUCAAGAGCAAAUCCGAUGUAUCUGCACAAUUCCAGUCUUCUUCCCAUUUCACAAAGGAGUGCCAGAAAUCCAAUGGUUCUCAUCACAGCAGCAGCAAGACAAGAGCAGACCGCUCUUACAAUUCUUUUGGCAAGCCAAUGUCGAAGAGCUCUGAUCAUCACAAGCCUACCUCAGGCACCAGCAGCAAACGACGAGUAUACAAAUCUGACCAAGACAAGAUCUAUCAGAACCUGUUUUAAGUUCGUCAUUAUCAAGAACGUGCCACUACAGGCAGCCUACGGCCUCUGGCCCUCUGCUAUGUGAAUUAUUUAUAAGCAUGUGGACUAUACUUGCGCAAUAACAGUGCCCAUAAUCUAGCAGGGAAUGCAAUCUUGGUUUGUUUUGUUA